CUUAAACGCAGACGACGACUGACCAAUGAGGAAAGCGAAUUUUUGAUUCAUCAAUUUAAGAUCAACGAGCGACCAACAGCGCAGGAGCGUGAGUCGUUUGCCAAGUACCUCAAAUUGGACCGAAGGACUAUCCAAGUAUGGUUCCAAAACCGGAGGGCGAAACUUAAACGUGAUGAGAAA